CGCUCACAUUCACAAUACCGAAGUCAGUGUCGCUCGAGACUUCGUGGGAGGUGGUUGUGCGCGCGAAUUUUUGCCGAAAGCCGGCAACCGCGUGUGCGAUAGAUUCAAAACGAAAGUGACUAUCGAUAUUCGACUCACAUAUUUAACCUUACGAAGUGAAGUUUAAAAACAUGUGUGUUUAUAUGUUUUAGUGUAGUGGUUCGUGUUUAUUUAUAUCGGAUAUUUGUGUCUAAGGUGUGAAAGGAAUUAUUUCAUAGCUGUUUAUUACCCACAUACUGAAGUUUAAAGAUGUGGUCAGCGAAGAAGUGUUCCGACAACAACGCCAGCACUCCCUCGGCGGAGGAGGAGAUCAAGGUGGUGCUGGUGGGGGACACCCAGUGCGGGAAGACCUCACUCGUCCAGAGGUUCGUCUCCGACACCUUUAUUGAGGCAUACACACCAACCGGUUUUGAAAAGUAUGGCUGUACCUGCGCAGUCGCAGACUACAGAGUUAAUUUCUCCGUAUGGGAUACCUCUGGUACGGCAGCAUACGACACAGUAAGACCGCUCGCCUACCAGGAUGCAAGAGUGUUCAUGCUCUGCUUCAACAUAGCCGAACCUGAGACCUUGCACAACGCUGCCGCUAAGUGGUACAGAGAAGUAAGAACCCACGGCGGUUCAGCUCCCGUGCUGCUCUGUGGGUGCAAGGCAGACCUUCGACAUGAGAAGGAGACACUCACCAUGCUGUCCAAGCUUAGAACACAUCCAGUCACCAGCGAAGAGGCUUUAUCAGUAGCAAGACAGCUGGGAGCGAUGACCUACGUAGAAACAUCAGCCAGAGCUUCCACUAAAGGCGUAAAGGAUGCCUUCGAAGUAGCUGCCUUAGCGGCCCUCGGCAAACUAAACAAGCAGCAGAUGAAACAACAGAAACAAGUGGGUCGCAGCAAAAGCAAGCGCGACUUGAAGGCUGAGCUCAAAGGACGCGCGAAGAGUUGCUGCGUCAUGUGAUCCGUGGCCGGCCACCCGUCCCGGUGGCCGCACGACUGCUAGGCGACCACCGCCCUUCUUCUUGAACCCAACUGUUCCACACAGGAACCUUACCGGGCCUAUGUAAGCGCCUUGCGGAACACCCGACGUAUAUGUUCACUGACGAGUUCCCCCGUAUAUGGGUGGCAACUAUAUACGACACACAUAUUUAGUGUCACUAUUUAUUAUGUUUAUGUGGAAUGACUAUGUGCAAAGUGAUCAAAUAAUUUUAAUUGUAAGUGUGAUUCGUUUACGAAAGCCUAAUAGAGAACUAUUACUAUUAAUGUACUGUUAAUUUAAAGAGAGCGGAACGAAGUUCUUUGGAUUUUUAGGUGAAGAUAUCAGUAAAAUAAGAAGGUGCAAUGUAAAUUUAGCCCUGAGAGGUGGAGCGUGAGCCUGUGAUAAAGUUAAAAAUAGAAAAUUCGCGAGAAAAAAAAGUAUAGAAACGUUUUAGAUUGAAUAAAAAGGCGACAACGCUCAAUUUGGCAUUUUCUUCAUUAACAGUUGGAACAUUAUUGUAUAGCAUCACUGCAUCACGUUAGUUAGGAACAAAUAUUACGUGUUUUCAUAUACAUUGACAUAUUGACGUAAAUAUAUAACAACUCGAUGUUUUUCUAUAACAUAGCAUUUUCAUAUGUAUAGAAUGUAAUGGAAGGUAAUGAAGCUCCGUUGUUUUCUGUAGGACCAAUGUUGCUCUUAUUUUUGACGCAGUAAGUAGCUUGAUUGUUUUGGAGCUACGAGCGAAAUAUUUCAUUUGUGAUAUGUAUUAUACGUAAAUGUAAAAUUAAAAUAAAAUGCACAAUGGUGGACAAUACUAAACUACGGAGGUCCAUGCUAGUUAGUUUCACGUCCAAAUUUUGCUAUAGGUGUUAGAUUUUUGUACGUUUACAAAUAUAAUGAAAAUAUUAAAUGUUGCUUGCCUGUAGUAGUUCGUGAACCAUUUGAUAAAUUAGGAUCAUUAUUCACUGUCAUUAUGGAUAUUAAAUAUCGUUUGUUUGCCUUCAAAACAUUAACAAAGUGAACAUAAUAUUAAUAUUUUAUUAAGUGACUAAGUCCGAAUUUUAUUUUUUCAAUAUUAUAAAAAUUAAGUAAGUAUUUGAAGAGAACGCUCUUGAUUUUGCCAAUGAAUUGUGUUAUUUCAAUUUUUUCUUCGGGAAAAUUGUGUUCUAUGAAUAAAAAUUGUUGGCUUUUUGUGUUGGAAAUGUCAAAUAAUAAUAAAGGUCGGUAUUGAGUUGAGUAAUUAGAUUUACAAGUCACGUCGCCGAGCCCCAGUGGAGCCACGAUUGCUUUUCGCUCCCCAAUGUCAAGUAAAACUAAAAAUGAAAAUCAUGAAAUUAUUCAUAACACGGCUUGUAUUUUAAUUGGUGAAUAAUUUUAAAAGAUUUAGAUAUAGAACCUCUAAAAAGGACCAGGAAGCCAUGUUUAAAAAAAGAUAAUAUUAAUAUUGAAAAACUUCACGAUUUUUUGGCAAAAUCAAGGCGUUGCUUUAAAGUAAGUACAUUUUAUAGUUAGGUAUCAAAAAAAUUCUUCAUAUAUUGAUGAACAAAAUAAAAAUUAAAUGUUAUUUUGUUAACAUUAUUUUCCUUUGUUUAAAGUAUUGUAAGUCGAUAUCAAGCUUUAAAUUCAAUGUUAGCUUUAAUUAUCAUUAUAUUUAAAUAUUUAAAUUAAAUGUGUAGUUAUUAGUAUAAUUUUCAUUAAAAAAAAAAACGAUAAUCGGACAUUUUUAUUUUAUCUUAUUUUUUGUUUAAAAUGGACAAAGUGUACAUAUCACGUAAGUUUUCUAUCAAUAAGGAUUCUGACGUCAUUCGAAUAGAAAAAAAAAUGUAAUUGGAAUUAUGAAUUCAUAUUUUUAACGAAACAUUUUAUUGGGUAACAAGGCUUUUGAGACAUUUUAAUUUUAUGCAGAUAAAAAAUUAAAUUAAGAGUUUAUUUACGAAAAAUUUUCUCAAAGAAAAUAAAUUAUAUCUUAUUUGAUAUUACGUUAUUUGUAUAAUAAAUAUGAUUAUUUUGAAUUGUAUGCAUCGCAGUUGAUAACAACGUUGACUGACAUUCAAUUACUUUGAUUUAUUCGUUAAAAGAAACAAGAUUACAAUUUCAUUUCGACUUGUAAUUGGAUUGUGAGAAUUUGAUUCAUUUUGUAAAAUAUACUUUUUGCCAAAGCACUCUUUAUUUAGAUUUCAGAACUAGAAUACUUACUGAAAUAUUCGCAAUAUUUUUAUCUCGGUGGACUGAAUAUAAAUAACGGUUUGAAUAUUUUGAUUUGUUCAAAGGUUCCAAUGACAAAAGUACAAUGUACUGUCAAAACUGACAAGUGACAGUGACAGGAGUUUGGUUUGUCAAUUUGACUUGUUUUUUUACCAUUGACAGAUAGAAUAGACUUUAUUAUUGUACACCAUUACGAAAAAAUUACGGAAAAUAAACAACAUAUAAAAUAAUUGACACAAAAUAACCAGUACGUAAUAAUUUAAUUGGCGAAUAAAUCAAAGUAAAGAUAGUUAUACAAAUUAUACAGUAUACUGUAUAUAAAAGCUGUUGGAUACGAAAAGCCACAAAAUAAGAAGUUUAUAAUAACAUUAAAACCAAAAUAUUACGUAUCUUUCCCAAUCAAACAGGGUGUUUGAAACACACUGUACUUUACCAUACAAAUAAAAAAAAAUAAAAACAGUUUGACAUUUACUGCAGUUCCAAAUUCAAUUUGUAUUCUUCGAAAGUUAAGCCCAAUGACGUCAGUUUCUCAAAAUGCCUUACACUAUGAGUAUGUAUGUAUAAAAACGUUAUAAUUUUAACUAUGUACUAAUAAUAUGUAUGUUAUAUAUGUUUGUUUACAAUAGUAAACAAUGGAUUUAUUACUAGACGAGUUAACUUGACGUUAGGCCUCUUCAAUGUUGUUUGUAGAUAUCAAAUAUAGCGUUCAGUGUUUUUGA